CGGCACCUCCUCGUCAGCGACAAGUACCGCUUCUUGUACUGCUACGUGCCCAAGGUGGCCUGCUCCAACUGGAAACGCAUCCUCAAGGUGCUGGACGGGGCGCUGGAGAGCGUGGAUGUGAAGGUGAAGAUGGACCACAAGAGCGACCUGGUGUUCCUGGGGGACAUGGCGCCGGCCGAGAUCAGCUACCGCCUGAAGCACUACUACAAGUUCGUGUUCGUGCGGAACCCCAUGGAGAGGCUGGUCAUCGGCUCCUACGAGCGGCUCAGCGCCGACGCCAACUACGUCCUGGAGCGUGUCCGGUCGCCCUCCUUCAUCCGCUUCCCCGAGCGGCAGCCCUGGUACAAGCCUGUGACAGCAGAAACGCUCCAUUACUACCUGUGCAACACCCAGCGCCGGCUCAUCAAGGAGCUCCUACCGAAAUACAUCCUGGAUUUCUCCCUCUUUGCCUAUCCCCUUCCCAACAUCACCAGUGAAUUCUGCAGGCAGUGA